CCUUCAGACGCCAGCGCAGCCCCUCUCAGUGGAAGCAGCAGCUUGAUUGUCCUGGAAGCAGCAGAUAUGAUCAGUAAUCACCAGCAACGCUGAGGCGCCGCCGCAUCCAGCGCUCGUAAAAGUCCAAACCCGCGAAGCGAGGUGGACGGAACUGGCGUCGCAGGCUGACGUCCGGCCAUCAUCACAUCAGAUAAGAACGCUGCUCUGCGGCGCCGCUGACCUUCAGGUUCCUGAACCAACCACAAACCAAAGCAAGGAGCGUUUGUGGCGUUGCCAAGGAGACGGGCGGCCGCUCACCGCUUAAGUUCAUGGAGGCGUAAGUUGUGCGAUGGCGCCAACGGCGUCUCCGCUGCAGAGGAACUGAUGCGGGCUCUCGGCUGCUGACACGCACUGCCCCCACAACAGGAAUCAGGAAAGUGCCUCGGCAUCAGCAGCCUCAGCUGCGCGUCCGUCACGCUCGCCUCCCUCCUCAUUUCCCUCCGCUGCAGCUCGCUGGAGCCGAGCGAAGAGGAGGCGCGUCCGGACCCGAUGCCGCCCGCCGCCGUCCAGAUCCUGGCGUUCGCCCUGGCGCUGCUGGGCGUCCUGGGAGCCGCCGUGGCCACGCUGCUGCCCAACUGGAAGGUGAGCGUCAACGUGUGGUCCAGCGUCAUGACCCCCAUCUCGCAGAUGCAGGGUCUGUGGAUGGACUGCGUGUGGUACAGCUCCGGCGUCUUCAGCUGCACCAUGAAGAGCUCCAUGCUGUCGCUGCCGGCCCACCUGCAGACCACGCGCAUCACCAUGGUGCUGUGCUGCCUGGUGGCGCUGCUCGGGCUGUGCCUGGGCUCCCUGGGGCUGAAGUGCACCCGCUGGGGGGGCAGCCGGCGGGCCAAGGGCCGCUCGGCCGUGGCGGCGGGCGGCUGCUUCGUGCUGGCCAGCCUCCUCUGCCUGGUGCCCGCCUCCUGGUUCACCAACGAGGUCAUCAGCGCCUUCCUGACCACGGACCUGCCGGACAGCAGCAAGUACCAGCCCGGAGGAGCUCUGUGCGUCACCUUCGUCUCGGCCGGCUUCCUUCUGGCUGCAGGCGUCAUUUUCUGCUUGUCGUGUCCGGGACAAGGGACGGGGAGACCGGGCGGCACCGCUGGCGACCCGGGCAGGGCUGCGGUCCACGCAGACGAGCGGCGGAGGCGGGAGCUGCAGCCGAGGGGCGAAGAGCCCAAACCCAGGCAGCACAAGACGGUCCACCUGCAGCUGGAGGAGCCCAAAGACAUCAGGGACAGCUACAGCCUGCAGGAGUACGUGUAGCUCCGCCGCGAGGAGCACAGGCGUUCAGCCACAGCCGGCGCAGCACGCGCCGCAGCAGCGGGAAUGAUUCACCAAAGCUGCAUCUGCGUUCGGCAGCUGCGCAGCCGUCUGCUCCCGCGGGACCCCAGCCGCAGCCGCACCAAAGACGCCAGGGAAGAAGAAAGCAAACGUCGUGAAAUCAGCCGCUGAUUCCACCUUUGGAGGUUCGUACUGAAGGCGUCAAACCACCGCCAUCAUUAGGAAGUGACAGAAAUAGAAGCAUCGUCCAUGAAGUGAUUUGAAACAAUGUAUCGAAUUUAUCAUCAAUGAACAGCUUAGAUUUAGGUCAUUGCCAAUAAAAUAGUGCAAGGUGGAAACAGAAGGAUUUAAUUUAACUUCUGGACAUAAAUCAAACUCAAAAGUACUGUAACAGCAACUGUCUCAAUCAUUGAAUGUUGUUGAACCUUUAGAAACAAUAUGGAUUCAUUUUGUAUCUGUAAUAUUGUUCGUUUCUAAUGAACAGUCCAAAUGCUGCUAACUUUGACCUAAUGUGAUCCGGUACAUCUGAGCUCCUGGUUCUGGUUCUGCAUGUGGUCCUGGACCCUGAGCGGAAUCCACAUCCAAGCUCUGCUCCGUGUUUUCCAGGCGUUCAGGUCUCAGUGGAGAAAGGUAAUGAUGCUCUUUGCUUUCCCAUUAUCUUCCUUUGCGCUUGGGUGCACACGCCCCCCCCCCUCCCCAUGGGAGGACGUGCAGAGGGCGGAGUUGCUGCGGUGACCUUUGACCCACAGUGAGCUAUCUGAUGAGCUUCAGACAUGUUUUUCUGUGGUGAACCUGACAAACGGGACGUUGAAGCAGCUGGAAAUGUUCAAACCAGCCAAAGAUGAGACUGUGAAUGUCUUUGAACGCACCAUAGCCUGACCGCCUCAUGUUUGAUGAGCUGCUGCCUUGUUAAUCUGCGCAUGGUUUCAUUAAAGCUCGUGCUGAU